GCCUCACCAGUAAUAAGUACGGAUCAGAGGCAAUGCUCGUUGUUUCACCGGCUACAUUGUUGUCGUACUCAUGUUUAGCUGAAACGACAUUGCGUUCGUUUCUGUGCGGCUCGGCUCUCCCUAAAGUGACAAGUUUGCAAAGUGCGCAAGUCCAGAGCCGAUUUCCAGACACCUACAACAUGACCGCAGCGGCGCGUCGUCUGCAACACCGCCUGACGUCAUCCACUCCUGCGCACACCAGCGCUGCUGAAUACCUGCCCACCGCGCCGUGCUCACACACACACACAUACACACACACUGCAGCACAUCGCAGUAAACAGUUAGAAGCCCGCGCUCCAGCGGCGGACAUGUCUUUGAGUGAGAAUUUUGUUCAACUGUUUGUUUGUUCGCUUCAUUAUCAGCGAAAUGGUGAAGUGUCGAUAAAGUGCUGAGGAUUGUGCGGCUUGCGGCUCCGCUGUGCGCUGUGCACACUGCACAGGCGUUGGCGAGGUUAAUGUAAGAAGAGAAGGCUUUCCCGAAGCUUCGACAUGUCGAGCAGUCCCGACCUACAAUCUCCACCAGGUGUGGUGGAGCUGCGCGAGGACGUGCCGCUGAAGGCGGGCGCGGCGGGCGGCGGCGCGCGGCUGUGCGGCGGCGGGCCGCGGCUCAUCCUCGCCGCGUUCGCCGCGCUCACGCUGGCCGUCACCGUGGCGCUGCUCACGCAGAUCUACGCGGGGGACUACGAGGUGGUGCCGCACGGCUCGGUGUCGUCGUCGGCGGCGGCGUGCGCGGGCGCGGGCGCGGCGGCGCUGCGGCGCGGCGGCCGCGCGGCGGACGCCAGCGUGGCGACCGCGCUCUGCCUCGCCGUGCUCACGCCGCACCGCACCUCGCUCGACGCGAGUGGAUCUCUGAUAUACUGGGAAUACAGGUUAUCGCGCAGCCAGCUGCCCACCGUGCUGGAGUGGGGCGCCGGCGUGGAGGCCGCCAACGCCAGCCGGGAGCGGCCGCCGCGCCUGCUCGUGGCGCUGGCGGCUCUGCACCAGCGCUACGGCACGCGGCCCUGGGCCGAGCUGCUGCAGCCAGCCAUAGACCUCGCAAGGGCGGGCUACCCGGUGUCGGCGACGCUGGCGGCGGCGGCGGCGGCGGCGGGGCUGGCCGGCUACGCGACGCCCACGCGCAGCGACCCCGGCCUGGCCGACUACCUCGAUGCGCUGCGGCACAACACUAGCAGUGAGCUCUGCUUAAGUUGGCAUUGCCCGGCCGCGGUGCGGUGGGCGGAGGGCGUGCCGGCGGCGCGCGCGGGCGCGUGGCGCGUGUGGGGCGCGGGCGCGGGCGGCGCGCUGGCCGUGCUGGCGCUGCAGAGCGCGCUGGACGCUGCGAGCGUCGACAACAGCACCAGCACUGUCGACAGCGUGCUGCAGAGCGUGGUAUCGAGCCUGCAGCAGCAGUCGGUGGCGCGCGCGGCGCAGUGGCCGGGCGGCGUGGCUUCGGGCGUGGCUGUGGUGGACCCGCGAGACACCUACGUGGCGCUCGUCACAGGGUUGUCGACACCGUUCGGCUCGGAAGCGGGUGCGGGCGCGGCGUCGGCGAGCGCGGGCGCGUGGGCGCGCGACGCGCCCGCCGCGCCGCUCGACCUCGCGCCCGCCAUCAUCGCGGACCAGCACGUGUGCGGCGCGCGCUACGUGGUGGGCGCGGAGGCGGGCGCGGCGCUGGCGCAGGGCGCGGCCGCCAUGCUGCUGGCGACGCCGGGCGGCGCGGUGGCGGCGGCGGAGCGCGCGCGCCUGCUGCUGCGGCCGCCCGCGCGCCUGCUGCCCGAGCCCGCGCCGCCCGCGCCGCCCGGCGCGCCCGCGCUCAACUUCGUGCUGCAGCGCGGCGACGCGCUGCUGUCGCACGCCGACAGUCGCGGCGGAGGCGUCGCGUCGCGGUUUUAGCCGCUGCCAACUCGGCUGUACCUUAUUUUGUUUAAUGUUAUUAAAUUAUAUCACGUUU